AAUAUAAACACUUGCUUUUAAAGCAAGUAUAUUAGUAUAUUGACAAACAACAAACCUAGGGGAACAGUUAAAUAUUAAAUCAUUAGUGAUUAGUUUAAUGAACAACUGAUCAACUGUAAAAAACGUGGCAAUUGGACGACCAGAACAUUCACCAUCAUAGGUAUCUCUACGACCACGUUUAAACUCAGCAAAACAAUUGAAAAUGGUUCUUUUCGAUGAAGCGGAGGCCAGAUAACACUUCUGAAGCCAUUGCUGAUCUUAACAUCGAAUUUAUACCAUAGGAUACUCACGAAGAAUGGCGUUAUUCUUGAUAUUGAUUGGAAUUACGACAAUAUCCUUAUUUAUUUAUAUGUGGAUAAAAAUUACUAGGCUGAGAAAAAAAUUGAAAUGGAUACCAGAAACUCCAAAAUUACCAAUUUUUGGUAAUAUAUUUGAUUUCAAGAAACCUACAGAAUUGCUGAACGUGUUCGGUCGUUACCUCAAUUCGUAUGAUGGGCUCUGUUCAAUAGAAUUAUUAACUCAAAAAAUAGUACUUUGCACAGAUCCUGAGAUGAUAAAAUUCAUUCUAAGUACAACUGAAAUUUUGAAUAAGAGCGAGCACUACAAAUUACUGUCGAACUGGUUAGAACAAGGACUUCUAACAUCUGAUGGUGAGAAAUGGAAAAAAACUAGAAAAAUAUUGAAUCCGUCAUUCCAUUUUUCUUUUUUGACAACAUUUAUUGAUAUUUUCGAGAAAAAUAGUAGACGUCUAGUUGAAUUAUUGGACAAAGAAACUACAAAUGAUAGCGUAGAUGUUUUACCCUAUCUCACAAUGAGUUCGCUAGAUGUUAUAUGUGAAGCAGCAAUGGGUACUUCAAUCAAUGCUCAAAAUAAUCCAAAAUCAGAUUACGUUAGUGCUGUACGAGAAAUGUGCAGAUUUUUGAUGGAGAGAGCAUUUUCUCCAAUAAAAAUGUUUGAUAUAACCUAUUGUCUAACACCUGAUUAUUAUAAAGAAUUGAAAUGUGUCAAAUUCCUUCAUUCCUAUGCCAUGGAUAUUAUAAAUUCAAGACAGCAAAAUAUGAGACUCAGAAGAGAAGAGAAGGCGCAUAUUGAUAAUGACAUGGGAAUAAAGAAGAGAAAAGUAUUUUUAGAUUUAUUAUUAGAAGCCAAUAUAGAUGGUAAACCUCUUACCGAUAGAGAAAUUAGACAAGAAGUUGAUACAUUUAUUUUUGCGGGAUAUGAUACAACGGCUCUAGCUAUUGGUUUCACCCUAUAUUCUCUAUCAAUUCAUAGAGAUAUACAGGAAAAAGCAGUAGAAGAGCAAAAACAAAUUUUUGGCAAUGACAGGAAUAGGAUCAGUACAAUCCGUGAUUUACAGGAUAUGAAGUAUUUGGAACUAAUAAUAAAAGAAUCUUUGAGACUAUACCCCCCGGUAGCAUUUAUUGCUCGAACAGCUGAUAGAGAUAUCGAAUAUAAAGAUGGAAAUAUAAUACCAAAUGGUACAACGGUCCUCAUAUUGAUAUAUUGGAUCAAUAGGAAUCCGAAGUAUUUUCCAUGUCCUGAUAAAUUUGAUCCUAGUAGAUUCGAGGAUAUUUCUAAUUUACCUCCUUAUACAUAUGUACCCUUCAGUGCUGGCCCUAGAAAUUGUAUAGGUCAAAAGUUUGCUUUGCUAGAAAUGAAAUCAGUAAUAUCCAAGAUACUGAGAAAUUACGUGAUUCUGUCAAGUGGCCACAAAAUGAACUUAAUAGCUGAAACUUUUCUGAAGUCUUCUAAUGGCAUGAGAGUGAAGCUCCGAAAAAGGGUCUGGAAUAAUAUAUAGUUAGGUGCAAUUUUAAAGCGGUAGUCACAACAAAAUCUAUUCAAAAUGAAAGGGCUUUGAACCAAUAAAUAUUGAAAAACAAUUGUUCUAUAAAUUCUAUACAUUUUAUAGCUAAGUAUUGACAUAUGAAUGUGAAUCAUUACAAAAAAUUGUAAAAUUGAAUUAAUAAAGAAUUUCAAGGUC